AAUAAUAAUUUUUGAAUUCUUUUUCAGGGAGUAGAUUUCGGUACAUUCAUAAUUCACAUGGGAAUCGCUUUGAUUAUAGUAAUGUUCUGUGUCCACAUCCAACUCAGAUAUAUGUUCCGAAACAUAUGUGAUCUAGGAUUUCCUGAGUGCCAAGAUAUACAAGAAUUGAGGCACGAAAUCAAUGUGUGGCGGAGAGCUGCUGAAUCGUUAUCCUCAUAUUCAAAAGAUGAAGAGAUUGUGCGCAUAUCGCUUGAGAAGAAAGUGCGAAUGCUCAUGAUUGAUCUGAAAGAAAAAUUGAAUAACAAGUCUGUGGCCAUAGACAAAUACACUGCUAACCUAGAGGAACUUCAGUCAAAG